CACCAUCAUUGCUCGAGCGUCACCGACAGGCUCCUCCGUUAUCUUAAACCCUAAGCCACCUCCCUCCCUAAAUAGCCCCAAUUCUCUUCCCCCACCACACUCCAUUAAUUCCCAAAUCAAAACCAUGUCGAAUCCCACCUCUCUCUACCCUCAAGUCAUCCAGACCAACCCAGACGCCCCAAAGCCCUCUUCUUCUUCCUCCUCCUCUAUGUACCCUUCAGUCGACGUGGCCCACCUCGCGGAGGACCUCUUCCCCGAAAACGACGCCGUUUCGGAAACGAACCAAAAUCUCCAAUCCUCGGAAGAAAUCCUGGUCAAGAUUCCGGGGGCGAUCGUCCACCUCAUCGAGAAAUCCUACAGCAUUGAGCUGGCCUGCGGCGACCUCACCAUCGUCGCUCUCCGGCAAGGCGGCAACGUAGUCGCGGUCCUGGCGCGCGUUGGCGACGAGAUCCAGUGGCCGUUGGCGAAAGACGAGGCGGCGGUGAAGCUUGAUCACUCUCACUAUUUCUUCAAUCUUCGAGUCCCGGCGGAUGGCUCGUCGGAGAAUGGAGAAAUAGAGCUGCUGAAUUACGGGCUGACGAUUGCGACCAAGGGGCAGGAUGGCUUGAUGAAGGAAUUGGACCGGGUUUUGGAGACUUAUAGUUGCUUUUCGGAGCAGAAGAUGGAAGGAUUGGAGCAUUGGGAUGUUCUGGACGGGACCGUGGCGAGGGAGACUACGCCGGAGGAUUUGAGUUGUACUGACAGGAAGAAACUGAUGGGCGACAGCUCGGCUGCGUACUGGACUACAUUGGCUCCGAAUGUGGAGGAUUACAGCGGGAGGUGUGCCAGGAUGAUCGCUUCGGGGUCGGGGCAGCUUAUUAGGGGGAUUUUGUGGUGUGGGGAUGUGACUGUGGACAGGCUCAAGUGGGGGAAUGAGUUCUUGAAGAAGAGGAUGGGGCCAUGUUCCAGUUCCGAGAUUAGUCCUGAGACAUUGAAGAGGAUCCAAAGGGUUAAGAGGUUGACGAAGAUGUCGGAGAAAAUGGCCUCUGGAAUCCUUUCAGGGGUUAUUAAAGUAUCUGGAUUCUUUACAAGUGCAAUUGUUAACUCGAAAGUGGGCAAGAAAUUUUUCAGCCUUCUCCCUGGAGAAAUUGUCCUGGCUUCCUUGGAUGGAUUCAGCAAAGUCUGUGAUGCCGUUGAAGUUGCUGGAAGGAAUGUCAUGUCAACCUCAUCUGUUGUCACGACUGGACUUGUUUCACAGAGGUACGGCGAACCAGCAGCGAAGGUCACAAAUGAAGGGCUUGAUGCUGCAGGGUACGCUAUUGGGACUGCUUGGGCAGUGUUCAAGAUAAGAAAGGCUCUCAACCCGAAGAGUGUUAUCAAGCCUACAACUCUUGCUAAAGCUGCUUCUGAAGCAAAGUCCUCCAAGUCGAACUAAACAAGUAGCAGCAGCAAAAUGGCGUCUACUUUGCAUUUAUAUGAUCUGAAUGUCAGUGCACCAAAGGAUAAUAUGUGGUUUGAAUGGCAUCUCCCUUCUU